AUGCAUGCGCGAGCCGCUACUGAUUCCCAUCAACCGAUAUAUGCCAAUGGCUCCGCGCCCUCGCCUCAAUCACCACAGCCGCAGUCUCAGUCGCUCGCCCCGUGCAAUUCUAGCAGCUACUCAUCGUCGCCUCGUCAGCUGCCCUCCGACCUGCCCGACCCCAUCCUCGAGGAAGGCAUUGAGUCAGGAAGCGACUAUCCUGCCGAGCCUGUGACCCCCACAAGUGCCAGCGCCAGCGGACGUCAUUCGCAAGAGUGGGCCAGCUUCCCAACCGGCGCCCACUACAACUACCUACAGCCAUCCUCCUCCGAGGAGACCACCCAACAGCUUCCCGCCAACCCUCCUGCUACUCUCCCCAAGACCCCUAUCGUCGCCUCUGAAUCCUCGACCCCGACCGAAUCCCUCCAGCAAGGCGACGGCUGGAGGCCGGCAACCACCAGCACCCUCGACGCCAGCCAGUCUGUUGCCAUUGACGAGACAGAGCCCGAGCUCGACUCCGCUCCCCUUACACGACGCUCUACUCGAGGUUCUACCAGCAGCUUCAAGCGCACAAUGUCGAGUCUUUUCAGAAGAUCGGCGCCUCAGGUGCCGAUGCCCGCCACACAGCCCAAGGACGACGGCGUAAUAUCCCGCAUGUCGACCUCAGCCGCCGACUCUACUCGCCCUCGCAUUAGCACUGCCACGGCUCGCGAGAACGGUGGCCCCCCGCCCAGCAAGUCGAGUCGCCGUUUCUCCAUGCACCGAUCAACUGCAACCACUCGAUCAAACACACCGCCAUCGCCCACCUCGCCUCUCGAGAUUUCCAACGGCGGAAACCACAUGGGCUCUCAGCCCGCCCAUUCAAUUGUGUCCGAGUCUAUGCCCAGCUCGGGCGAUUUCUCCGCCUCGAAGAAGAAGAACCGAUCCUCCUCAGGCCUAAGCCUUGGCCUUCGCGGUCGCGCUGUUAACUUCGUCACCGGUCACGGCCCGGGACACCGAAGAGAUCGUGCAAGCAGCUUCGACUCGACCAAGCGGACUGACUCCCCCCACGUCGCGCAGCAGCCCCCAUGCGAGAAUGACAACCAACAGACCUACCCACCCGAGCGACUCCCCUGGCCCCUGCCACCGGAUGCUGGUACCGGUGCCAAGGCUCGUCGGAUGAGUCUGAGCCUGCCCGAUGACUUCACCGUCGAUAUCGUCGAGCUCACAAAGGAAUUCGAAUACGAGUCCAAGUUUCUCGGCCGCCACGGAAAGCAUCUCGGAAAGGGAGCCGCCUCCAAGGUCACCCUCAUGUCUCGCAAGGGCUGCCCCACCGAGCUGUACGCCGUCAAGGAAUUCCGAGGCAAGUCGGGCCGUGAGAGCAAGGACGACUACGACAAGAAGAUCAAGUCCGAGUACAGCAUUGCCAAGAGCUUGCAUCAUCCCAACAUCAUUGAGACUUUCCGCCUCUGCACCGACCACUCGCGCUGGAACCACGUCAUGGAGUACUGUUCCGAGGGUGAUCUGUUCAGUCUCGUUUCCAAGGGAUGGCUGAAGCCUGAGGACAAGAAGAAGGACCGUCUUUGCCUCUUUAAGCAGCUCAUCCAGGGUGUUAACUACCUCCAUAACAACGGUAUCGCCCAUCGUGAUAUUAAGUUGGAGAAUCUGCUCAUUACCAAGGACAGCAAGCUCAAGAUCACUGAUUUUGGUGUUUCCGAGGUCUUUUGCGGCACUCAUCCCGGUGUGCGCGAGUCCGGUGGCCAGUGUGGCCAGAACAUGGGCGAUGUCCGCCUUUGCUCACCCGGUAUCUGCGGUAGUGAGCCCUACAUCGCGCCCGAGGUGCUCGCCAAGAAGAGCGAGUACGACCCCCGUGCCCUGGAUGUUUGGAGCUCUGCCGUCGUCAUGAUUUACCUCAUCUUCGGUGGUGCCAUCUGGCCUCGUGCCCAGCCCGGCAUCAACAAGGUGUACGACAAUCUCGUAAAAGGCUGGGACAAGUGGUACAAGAACCACCCUGAUCCCGAUGCCACCAUCACCGAGACGGAUUAUCCCCAUUGCACCGCUCUUGACUUCGCUGUCAGCCCUCCUGCCUUGAGACGCCUGCUGCUGCAGAUGCUCAACCCCGAUCCCAGCCGCCGUAUCUCCAUCAACCAGGUGAUCAAUAACCGCUGGAUGAAGAACGUCGAGUGUUGCCAGGCGGAGUCGUACGACGACCCCACCCACGUCAUCGACGCCAGCAAGCCUGAUGCUUCCUGGAACGGGCCCAGGAAGAUCUUCUGCCACAGCCAUCUGCCUCCCAAGACCAAGGGAUCUCACUCCCUCGGAGCCAUGCCUGGCCAGCCAGGAUAUUAA